GGACUUCUUACAGAGAAAGAGCCUUGCUGCAGCUGACACAAAUGAAAGAUUCUUAAGACAGCACAAUGCCUGGGCUCAUUAACAAGGAGAACUGGUGCGCUCUGCCACUCAGCGUGUCUGACAUCACUUCCUGUGUCAGGGGUUACACUCUGGCUCUGACAGCCUCUAUGACCUAUGAAAAUAUUGAGGAUCAUGCAAUUGAGGGGAUCUUCAUUUAUCCAUUGGAGGAAAAUUCCAUUGUUGUGGGGUUUGAGGCUAUGAUAUCGAGUCAAAUUAUAACGCUGCAAAUAAAAGACAAGGCAAAAAUUGAUAACUGUUAUCUGGACAGCUGCAACACAACUAAUGGAGCUCUGCAGAGUGGCAGUGGACACAUAGUAAUGGAUGAGGAUUUUGAGAGGACAGUAUUAGUGGUUAACCUAGGAAUCAUCCCUCCCAUGGAGACAGUCCACAUCCUGGUCAGUACUUCCUCUGAGCUGUCCACGUUGCCCGACGGUGGCAUCAGGGUCUCAUCCCCACCAGUGUGCACACCUCGGGUGCAGAGGACCAUCAACGAGGAGCAGGGGUUAUCACCAAACUUCUCCAGAACGCGUGACAGACAUUCCUCGGUCUCAAGUCCUCACGAUCAAAAUCCUAACGCCCCUCAUCUGUGGUUGACUUCCUUGCUGGAGGAGGACGCCAUCAACUCCAUGGAUUAUGAGUUCAACUUCCAGCUGGAGAUACGAGCACCCUAUCUUCUUGCAGGUGUAGAAAGCCCUUCUCAUGCCAUCCGAGCUGAUGCAGACCCUCUGGCCCGCUCUGCCACCAACGUCGUCAUCACCCUGGCUGACAAGUAUACCUAUGACUACCCAGUUCAAAUCCUCAUCUACCCCAGCGAGCCUUAUCUGCCACAUGUGCUCAUUGAGAAUGGAGACAUGACACAGGAGGAAUACGAUGAGUAUCUUCACAGCCGCAAUGAUUUCAUCAAAGCCACCAAGAAGGACCCCAGCAAUGAGAGGAAAGUAGAUAUAAUUCACAGGCGGCUGCAUAAGGACAUCCUCCACAACCCUGUGGCCAUGUUGAACUUUUGCCCUGACCUCAAAUCUGUCUGCUCAGACCUGAGGAAGGUUCACGGGGAAUUUAUCUUCCUCAUCGACCGCAGUGGCAGCAUGAGCGGAAUCAACAUCAAUCGUGUGAAGGAUGCCAUGGUGGUUAUUCUUAAGAGCCUGGUACCUGGCUGCCUUUUCAACAUCGUUGGUUUUGGAUCCACAUUCAAAUCCCUGUUUACAACCAGCCAGAAUUACGAGGAGGAGGCUGUGGCCCAGGCUUGUGAAUACAUAAAAAAGAUCAGAGCUGACAUGGGGGGGACCAACAUCCUGGCACCGCUCACUUGGAUCCUGAGGCAGCCGAUGUUUAGUGGUCACCCCAGGCUGCUGUUUCUGCUUACGGACGGCACCGUCAGCAACACGGGCAAAGUCAUCGAGCUGGUCCGCAGCCACGCACGCAACAUCAGAUGUUUUACAUUCGGCAUAGGACAGAAUGCCUGCAGGAGGCUGGUGCAAGGACUGGCGGCAGUUUCCAAAGGAACAGCAGAGUUUCUGGCUGACGGAGAGAGGCUGCAGCCAAAGAUGAUAAAAUCGCUGAAGAAAACCAUGUCUCCAGUACUCAGUGACAUUUCCAUUGAAUGGCUUUUUCCUGAAACCAAAGAAGUGCUGCUCUCUCCUGUAGGCAACACCUUCCUUUUUCCAGGAGACCGUCUGAUUGGUUACAGCGUGGUUUGCGACACCACCCGUUACCAUGACAACCCUAAAUCUGAUAAGAGGAGGCGAUACAGCAUGAUGCGCUCCACUGAGUCAGCCAGCUCGGUGUUUUACCACUCUCAAGAAGAGGAGCCGGCGAAGACGAGUGUCGACGGUCAGAGUUCCCACAGGGAAGCACCCUCUGGUGCUCUGUACACCGCCUACCAGGACUCCAUGACAAACAGCAGUCCUGUCAUCACAGAGCCAGACCUCACAGGGUUAGAUGAAACAUCACCGAGGAGGCGCGCGUACAGCACCAACCAGAUAGUUGAAUACAACCCAACAAAGAAAGUCUACACUUCCAGUGACCCCAGCUCUGUGGUGCCUAAAAAUCCCCUGAGGAGAAGCAAAGUCCAGGAGCUGAUUGGUCAGAUGAGCCCCGAACAUGAAGCACAGUGGAAAAAUGACCAUCAGCCACAGCUGGCCAGUCUGUCUGCGGCAUCUUUCAGAGGACAACCUGCCAGCUGCCAUAAGCUGCUUCCUCAGCAGGAGCCGCCUCUGCCACAGGAAAAUGACCUCGAGCCUCAUUUGCAGGCUCAUCAGCAGAGCAACCCACAGCCCAGCGACUGUGGCAUGGUGCAGGGGGCUCGCAACCAUGGUGGGGAAGAUGGAUCCAGGUCAUCUACAGAUAGCCCCUCUGUUGGCAGCAUUGGAGACCCAGAUGGAUAUGGACACCAGGUAUGUCAAGCAGAAACUCCACAAGAGAUCCAAGCAGCAGAUCUCACUGUUGCCAACCAGCAUAAAAGUGACUGCAAGGCGGUGGUUUCUGGACUUCUGUGUGGGAAACCAAUGAAGUGGGAGGUGGCAUUUGAUGUGGAUCCUUUUCUAAACGGGCGGGAACGUGAGGAAAAGGUUCACGAGGAGCUGUGGAACGAAACAUUUCACCAUCUGGCUGGACGGUCCAUCUUACGUGACUUUGAGCACAUGGCAGAAAAAGAGUGUGAGAUAGAGCACGGUUCUGGCAGGAAAUACCAGCUAUAUGCUAUUCACACCAGCAAAGCCUGCAACAUACUAAGCAAAUACACAGCAUUCGUUCCCAUUGAUCUGGACACCAAUGAAUAUUUGCAGACAUGUGUUGAAUACAUAAACCCCGGUCUGAAGAGGGGUUCCAGGUCUCGGUCAGGUAGUCGAAAGAACAGAGGUUACUCCAUCGGGCUGGGUCGCACUCAGUCUGGCGGCAUGUCGGAAGAAGUGGAAGAUGUCCUGCUACCCAACGGUGGAGAAGAUGGUGUCUCUCCAUGCAGCACCCCAUCCUCUGCUGGCUGGGAGAAAUGCAGCUUCACAGAAGUCUCCCAGAGGAGUCCGUCAGUGACCUCUGACCAAUCACAGAAAUCGGUGGAGAGUCUUUUUUCUGCCAGGCUGGCCCUCAGCAGGACUCGCCUCCUGACUCGAGCUGCCAAAGGAUUUAUGUGUCGGUCGCACAGCAAGUCCGGCGAUUCCAUCGGGGAGAGUGAAAAUGAGAACAAAGACUACAUUCCUCUGGUGUUGUUGCAGUUAGCUAGUGGUGCAUUUCGCUUGGACUCAGCUCUGUGUGAAGCCAUCAACGUGCCAAUGGACAAGCUCAAAUGGACAUCCCCAUUCACCAGCCAUCGCACCAGUCUGGGCCACCUGUCUCACUCUGGCAGUCGCCGUGCCGACAGCACAGACAACAGCUGCAGAAUGUCAUGUGAAUCAGAAACAUAUGGACAAGCUGCAGAGUAUGCCGUAAGCAUCCACAGUCCUCCUCAAACACCCAGGAGCAACUGGACAGACAUCGGUCUCUCCUCGUUGGCCAGUCCAUCUGCUGCUGCCUACCCCCCACUCUCCCCGCUUUCCUGUAUGGAUGGCGCUCGGAGUUCAGGGUCAGGGGGCUCUGAUACGGCACCGUCUGGCAGUAUGGUGAAGAGGCUGCUGGAUCCAGAGAGCAUGGUGUGGGCAACGGCUGUGGCUCUCGCUUGGCUGGAGCACAGCUCUGCCAGCUAUUUCAUAGAGUGGGAACUGGUAGCUGCCAAAGCUAGCUUGUGGCUGAGUGCACAGGACAUCCCAGAGGGAAAAGAUUUAGCCUCUAUCAAGGCUGCUGCCAAUCAGCUCUUCAUCAUCCUCAGACACUGGGAUGAAAACCUGCAACUGAACAUGCUCUGUUAUAACCCCAACAGUGUCUGAGGACUACUAGUCCAAGGCCACUGAAGGUACUCCCAUCUGAUACUAUGCUAACUGCGGCUGUGCUAUUCACUGCCCAGCAGUUUUUCCUCUGGAGUCUGGCUUUGCUGUUGCAGUCGUGAACAACGUGUAUUUGUUCUGUUUGUGUGCUGUUCCUCCAAACAUAUCACAGGCUCUUCAGAGACACUCUGUGCAAGCUCUUACCUCGCUGGUGCCAUUAACAGUAGCUGGAUCUCUAAUAGCGAGGGAUCUAUCUGAAUUAUGCCACAGACUUGAAAUUCAAGAAGAACGUCAGUGUUUGUCAUAGCAUGUUGGACCACUGACCAUCACCAUACGAGAAAAGCUAUUAUUGCCAUCAUAUUGAUGUUAUGGAUAGAAUGCUGCAAAACAUUGGUGAGAGAAAACUGUUUCUUCGUUGUCACAUACUGUUGUUACAUCUUUAAACUGAAUUUAUUGUAUUGUUGGAAAAAAAUGUUUCAAAGAAGCGUCUAAGUAUUUAUUAGCUGUAAUGUCACUUUUUCAUGCCUGUUACCAUUACAUUAUUACUACUUGCCCUUUUGGUUAAAUUGUAGGAGAGACAGAAAAAUAUGCAAAAAGCUGCAGAAAAUCUUAAUCUGUAUGUUGACAUAAAGCUAUAUAUAAAUAUAUGUGUGUGUGCGUAGUAUAGGUGGGAGUUUACAAACGUGUAUCCCACUAGCAUGUAAUUAGCUGUUUAUUAGUUAAUGAAGCAAACAUAUUUUUCUCCACUUACAUGAGUCGAUCUGUUUUGAUCAUAUGGGAUUUUCUCCUUUAAUUUAACAAAACGGCUGCACAAGCAGUUUGAAAAUUCAGAAGUAAUCUGCUAUAAGGUAAAGGUUUACACUGCAAGUAGAUUUUUACUCGAUAAAAACAAAAAAAUCCAAUUUACAACAGUCACCCUGCAAUGCUAUCUUACAGCUGGGGGUGGUAUAUGAGUUUCUGUUAAAACAUUUGAAUAAAACUGGCAGUGAAGUGAAUUCGGACAUAUGGCAGACUUAGUAAUGGAUUCGCAAACAGCUGGUGCAACCCAGUGUGCAAUUAAGAGUCCUGUUCUGGCAAUCAUAGAUAAAAAGCCCCGGUGGUUGUUAUUGUCACAUCUCAUUUACCACAAGUGCCUCAAAAAAAGUUGACAGAAAAUUAAUAUUUUCACUUAAUUAUAAGUUACUUUCUUUUUCCUUUUAAAUACAGAUGAAAAUAACAGCUGGUUUGUACAUUAUAUCAUCCAGCGAAGCUGCCAUUACUGUGGUGUGGUGCCUGCAAACCAUGACAGCAGCAUGACGGUUGGAUUGGUGAUAUCAAGCAGUGGCUUCCAGUUACAUAUGUAGGUAAAAAAAUAACAUUACACUUUUACUAAAGCUGUCAGUUUUUCAAUUUGGUUCAACAUGUUGACAUUAUACUCACCUGUUAGUUGCUGGGAUAGGCUCCAGCUUCCCUCUGACCCUUAACUGAACAAAGCGGUACAGAAAAUGAAUGAAUGCUGACAUCAUGUUCCCAAUAAACAUUAGACACCAAUGUGCUUACAUAUUUUGUUUGGAAGCUCUUGUAGUGCUUGUCAUAUGAUAGCUGGUGAACUGAUAGCUACUCCUAAUCAGCUGUAACUCAAAGUUCUGUUGAUGUAAUCCCAAAAUAGCAACAACAAAAAGUAAGAAUAAUUUUAAAAGCUCAAAGUUUUUUUUUUUUUUUAAUGUCUUUGCAAAAGUAACACCCUAUAAUAGUUAUCCUCCAAAUCUAACAGACAGCUGUAGGAAAUUUUGCAUUGCAGACAUUUCUCAGUCAUUUUCUCAGUGGAGAAAAUUAUGACAAAAAAAACAACAGUGUGAAGUGCUAUCUUGAACCAGUAGUUAAUUUUUUAGGCCUAAGUUGCUCUUUUUUAGUCCACUUCCGAUUAGCUACCCUGUCAAAAUUCUUCGUUAUUUAUUUUUU